GCUUCUCUUUCCAGGGUUAUUAUUGGCCGAGGGGGGGAGGCUGCCGCUGGGCCGUGGCCAUGAAGGUUUGGUAGCCCCCCCUGCGUCCUUGUUCAAAAAGGGCAGGCGGGUUGCUCCGCAGAGCAUUGUCGCGAGGCCAGCAAGAGAGCAGCUGCUGCCGAGGCUCCCCAGCAGCAGAAAACCGCCCUUUCCCCUCGGCCCCUUUCCUCCGGCGACAAUAUGGGCGUGAUGUAGAGCCCUUAGAAGCCGCGGCUUCCCAGCUGGGCGGGAAAGAGAGGCGCCGGGGGACUGGAGCUCCCGGGCGGCUCCCGUGAGCGCGGGGUGGGGCUCGGCUUUCGCCCCUCUGACCUCCGGCGCGAGGCUCUCGGAGCAGUCGUCCGCGUCUUCGUGAGGGGAAGGGUGGGCAAGGCCGGGGCUCGAGGCGCGCGGGGAGAAGCCGCCGCGCCAUGGAGGGGAGUCCUAUCCCGGUGCUCACCGUGCAGACCGUCCCGUACGAGGACCAGAGGCCGACGGGCGGCGGGGGGCUGAGGAGGCCCACGGCGGUCUUCGAGAGCCAGAGGAACUAUCUGCCCAACUUCAUCCAGAGCGUGCUCUCAUCCAUUGACCUGCGCGACCGCCAGGGCUGCACCAUGGUGGUGGGCAGCGACGGCAGGUACUUCAGCAAGACGGCCAUCGAGGUGGUGGUGCAGAUGGCGGCGGCCAACGGGAUUGGAAGAUUGGUUAUUGGUCAGAAUGGCAUCUUGUCCACUCCUGCAGUGUCAUGCGUUAUCCGAAAGAUCAAAGCAGCUGGUGGGAUUAUUCUGACAGCUAGUCACAGUCCUGGAGGACCUGGAGGAGAAUUUGGAGUUAAGUUUAAUGUUGCCAAUGGAGGACCAGCUCCAGAUGUUGUUUCUGAUAAAAUCUACCAGAUCAGCAAAACCCUAGAAGAAUAUGCCAUUUGUUCUGAUUUGAGAAUUGACUUAUCUCGGCUGGGAAGACAAGAAUUUGAUCUAGAGAACAAGUUCAAGCCUUUCCGAGUUGAGAUAAUAGAUUCUGUGGAAGUGUACCUCAACCUGCUGCGGACAGUAUUCGACUUCAGUGCGAUUAGAAGUUUACUAACAGAGUCAGACCAACUUAAGAUAAGGAUUGAUGCUAUGAAUGGAGUGAUGGGCCCCUAUGUCCGAAGAAUCCUUUGUGAUGAAUUAGGAGCUCCUGCUAAUUCUGCAGUGGACUGUGUUCCUCUGGAGGAUUUUGGAGGCCAGUAUCCUGACCCAAACCUGACAUAUGCAGCUUCUUUACUGGAGGCAAUGAAAGGAGGAGAGUAUAGAUUUGGAGCGGCUUUUGAUGCAGAUGGAGACCGCUAUAUGAUCUUGGGUCAAAAUGGAUUUUUUGUGAACCCUUCCGAUUCACUGGCCAUCAUUGCUGCCAAUCUCCAUUGCAUUCCAUAUUUCUCUCAGAUGCCUGUGCGAGGCUUUGGUAGGAGCAUGCCUACCAGUACUGCACUGGACAGGGUGGCGAAAUCCAUGAAAGUUCCUGUGUAUGAAACACCAUCAGGCUGGAGGUUCUUCUCAAAUCUGAUGGAUUCUGGUCGAUGCUCACUCUGUGGAGAAGAAAGCUUUGGCACUGGUUCUGACCACAUCCGAGAGAAGGAUGGACUUUGGGCUGUCCUAGUCUGGCUCUCUAUCAUGGCAGCCCGGAAGCAGAGUGUGGAAGAAAUUGUCAGAGAACACUGGGCUAAAUUUGGCCGUCAUUACUACUGCAGGUUUGAUUAUGAAGCACUGGAUCCUAGAACAGCAUAUUUUAUAAUGAGAGACCUUGAAGCUUUGAUCACUGACAAGUCAUUCAGUAAUCAACAGUUUGCUGUUGGAAGCCACGUCUACACUGUGCAAAAAGCAAAUAACUUUGAGUAUGUGGAUCCUGUAGAUGGCACUGUGACCAAAAGACAGGGGCUGAGGAUAAUCUUCUCAGAUGCAUCCAGGCUCAUCUUCAGAUUAAGCUCUUCCAGUCAUGUGCGAGCCACUCUCAGGAUCUAUGCAGAAAGCUAUGAAAAGGACCCCAGCAGCCAUGACAGGGAGCCACAGGCUGUACUGAGUCCUCUCAUUGCAAUUGCACUGAAAAUAUCUCAGAUUCAUGAGAGGACAGGUCGGAAGGGUCCUACUGUCAUCACCUGAACCAAGGAAGGAUUGCUAACCCAGGGCCAAAGAUGAGAAGGCAAAAGGGAGGAAGAAACUCUUGCCCAGACGCGCCAGCUGUUUGUGCCUUUGUAUUACUCUAAGGGUUUGAGGUCAAUAGGGAGGGCAGCGGUGGGGGAACAAAAAUCCAUUUCUGAUCCUAUUGUUCUGCUAAGACUGCGGUGUAUUUAAUUUUCUACUAUCAGUAUCUUCAGCAUUUUCUUAUAAAAAAAAUAACCAAAGAGAAAGCUCCCUCUCAUUUAGAUUCAGUGAUUAAAAAAUGCUAGUAUGACAUACAGGAUUGUUGUGAUCUCCAUUUUGUGUUUUGUGCUUGCAAAGCAGGAGUGGGCUGCAUAUAACCCCUGCUGAACAUUUGUAUAAUGCACAGCCUCUUGUUGCUACUUUGUGAAUCUUGGCUUCAACUAAAAAAAAAAA